AUGCCGGGUCCGAGCCGGCUCAGCAGCAUGUCCACGGCUUCAGUAGCUGGUUGGGCUCGGAACACCACCCAGUCGGGAUCAGAUGCCCACUCGCAUGCAGGAACAGCACAACUGGAACACUCGCUUGCCGCAGAGAACUGCCAAGCUCGUCCCGCAGUCCUGAUUUGUUAUUUGCAGGAUCUGUUCUUCAAGUGUUGCAAGAACCAGCUGCUGAGGACAUGCAAUGACUUGCUUCGAAGGCUGUCGAGGUCCCAGAACACCGUGUUUUGUGGAAAGAUUCUUGUCUUCUUGGCCAAGCUGUUCCCUCUUUCAGAACGUUCUGGUUUAAACAUUGCCAGUGAAUUCAAUGCUGAAAACAUAACAUUGUUCAGCUCUGAGGACUACAAAGGGAUCUCUGAUGAGGCUUCGUACCAUGACGAGUCUGAAUCCACGAGUUGUGUUCCCGUUGACUACAACCUUUACCGCAAGUUCUGGUCACUGCAAGAAUACUUCCGGCAGCCUCUUCUGUGCUACACCAAAGUCCACUGGCGACAGUUCACCUCGUACUCGACAGAUGUGCUGUCAGUGUUUGGCAGCUUCAAGCUGGACGACAUCAAGACAGCACAGUGGGCAUUACCAGGAAGCUCAAGCAGUCCAUCUGGGAAGUCCGUGUACUUUGCGAAGUACCUGACUAGCCAGAAGCUUCUGGAGUUGGAGCUGAGUGACAGCAACUUUCGUCGCUAUGUCCUGGUGCAAUUCUUGAUCCUCUUCCAAUACCUUCAGUCCACCGUGCGCUUCAAACUAGAGACACACAUUCUAACAGAUGAGCAGUCCAGCUGGGUGAAGAACACUUUGACUCAGGUUUACAAGCUGCUUGAAGAAACGCCACCUGAUGGGGCUGGAUUUGCCACUCGCAUCAAGCACAUUCUUCAGAGGGAGGAGUCGUGGAACGCCUGGAAAAACGAAGGCUGCCCAGACUUCAAGGAGGCCCGUCCUAUGGAACAGGCGCGAGAAGUCAGGCCCAAGAGGAAACUUGGCGAUGAGGUGAAGGCAGCAAUGGCCAGCAAGAGAGUUGUCCUUGGCGACACCGAGAUGAACCGGCUGUGGAACCUGUGCCCAGACAAUUGGGAGGCAUGCUCAUCGCCCAAGCGGGACUUUGUUCCUAGCUUGGAGAAGUUCUUCGACAUGGCAAUGGACCAAGGUGACACGGUGGCUGGUGCCAAGAGCCGAGCCAAGAGCAUCUACAAGAGCAAUUCAGGCUGGCGGGCCUUGCGGCUACUUUCGCAGAAGUCCCCACACUUUUUCACGAGCAGCAACCAGCCCAUAAAGAGCCUUCCACUCUAUCUGGAAUCUAUGGUGAUGCGCCUGGCCAAGGAAUUUCCCAUCAAUACACAGAAUGCAGCCCCAUCCCAAGCAGCUGACGAGAAACCGGACAUGGCCGACUAUGGAGACAGCGAGGACGAGCUGCUCAAGAACCACGAGGAUAGCAGGGAUCGUGAGACGGGCACAUUGUCGAGCGCUGGUGGAGCUGCCGAGUGCGGCAGCAACGAGCCAAAGGAUAAGCUCAGCAAGGACGAACUGGUGGCUCUGGCUGGGGCACUCGGUGCCGACUGGAAGAAGCUGGCGCCAUUGCUGAGCUUCGGUGAAGACGAGAUUCUCUACAUUGCUUCUGAACAUGAAGGCGAUGCAGUGAAGCAGGCCUACCAGGCACUGCUCGUCUGGCUCGAGCAGGAACCUGAGCAUGCGACACACAGCAACCUUUUGCAACUGGCAGCCAGGGCAGGACUCAAGGACAAGCUUGCAUCACUCUUGGUUUCAGAAUAAAAGGCUAACUUGGCGGGAUUCGGGAUAGAUGGUUA